AUGGCCUAUCCAUAUUCGGACAACCUCUACUCGAUGGUCGACGAUGAGUCGGAUAUCGAGUUUGCUGACGACGAUGGCCUGAAUCAGCCCGAGCUCGGCAGCCAGAUCGGCAGCCAGGGGACGUCCCAAUAUCCACAAGCUGGUCUAGAAGGCGACGGACCCGGGGAGAGCUCAGAUGUCGACGACGAAGAGGCCCAAGUCCUCUCCCCAGCCGAUGGGUACUUCCACGCGGCGCCUUCUGUUUCAUCCCACGCGGCACCGGUUGCUGCUGCUGCUGCUGCUGCUGCUGCUGCUGCUGCUGCAACGUCAUCCAAUGUGCCCUACAUACCGAACGUCUGGGUUGACGACCCGUCUCUCUCACAGCGGACCACGGCCGAGAGCAAGGCACGUGAGGCGGACGAGGAACGGCUAGCAAACAGAGAUCCCUUUGCCGCUGCCCCGUCAGACUAUUCGUUUCAGCCAGCCCCGGCUUCUAGAGCCACCUCAUCGUCCAUCUACUCCUCGCCGCCGUCCCGUUCGGCUCCUAGCUCGGCCUAUCAUCGCCCAGACUCAGCCGUCUACAACCAGGCGUCGUCGUCGUCGUCGUCGUCGUCAACGGCUUCGUACUCUCGAUCGACAGCGCCAUUCUACCCACCUCUUACUCCGCGUCGGGUUGCGUACAACGAGCGCUCAUUCUUCUCGCCCAGGGAGGCCCCGCCCGCAUAUACUCCGUCGCCUACCUCACCGACGAGCUCCCGGCAAGGCAGCGACAGCUCCACGAGACCCUACGGUACCUUUCCCCAGACCAUCAUCCACUCACCUGAAGUCAUGGGCACCUCCCAAGAAUCAGAGCUUCUUUUAGCUCACGACCCUGAGAGCAUGGUGGGGCAUUCCGAGACACGCCCAACUGAGAUAGUCCCUCUGUGGAGGGAUCGUAUAAAGAGACGCCUAUCAUCCCGGAACGUGAGAAAAUGGAAAGUAUUGUUGCUCGGACUGUUUGCUAUUCUCAUGGCAGCCGGCAUUCUCACGAGUCUCAUUGCCGGAAUGGAUCAGGUAAGUUCAUUUCAUCCUGUUAGCCCCAACGAAGAUACCGGCGCCACCCCUGAGCAGCCUCACACGGGUUAUCCUGAGCUUGACGAUAGAAAAUUUCGUUGGCAAUCACCAAUGUGCAAAGAUACUCAGAUCGAGCGUUCUACGCAAACCUUCGGCCUUUCCUUUGAUGCCGAUGCCGAAAAGCAAUUCACUUUCCUCCAAGACGUCACCAAGGAAGGAGGCCACUAUGACCAUGAUAUCCACGUCCAAGGAACAGUCAUCGUCCGCAGUACCGGGUAUGGAACGCCCGGCUCGUCUGUCGUCGUCGAAACCAUUGUCAACCACGACAGCCUCAACCUCAUCACCGAGUGGGAUGCCGAAAAGCAGCGGCUGGCCGUGCUUGUACCUCGCGGCGUCUCCUGGACUGAAACCAAUUCGCGGCCCUGCAUGAAGAUUCAAGCCACCGUUUGGGUUCCCAGGGAUGCGGUCCUGGAAAAACUCGACAUCCAAACCAUCCAUCUCGACAUCAAGCUAAUGGACAACCUGUCGCUCAAAGUGUUACAAGCAACAAAUCUGGCGAGUGUUGUUGGCUCUAUCACCGCUGCAUCCUCGGGUAGUUAUUCCCAUGACGAAAAACUUAUUGAUAUCGGCUCCCCCGUCACAUUCAACCUGGAUUCGCGCAAAAUCGAGGUAGAGACCAUUUCAGCUUCGAUCAGGGGAUCUUGGCCAUUGUAUGACUAUCUGGGAAUUCGUACUACGUCGGGCACCAUCAAAGUGUCCAUCGAACCAAAGGAGGUGGACAAGGAGACCCUAAACCCAGCCGCACUUUAUCUCAAGUCCUUGUCUGGGGACAUCGAAUUUCGGGAACCCAUUUUUGCCGCAACAGAAGCCUUUUCGGCUUCACACUCUUUGGCCCAUGAUCAAGCUGGUUACAGACAGGCUGAAGCAACUGUACCGCCUCGGGAUUACCGCGUCGAAGUCCACUCAACGAGCGGGCACUUGAAAGGCUCUGUCGCCUUCAGUUCCACUGCUUUGAUCAAGUCGACAAGUGGUGGGAUCAACGUCGACAUGCUCCCAGUCCUCGAUUCUUCGCUGGCCGAAUCUGGCGGCAAGAAUAUCUACUUGAAGACAACGACCACCAGCGGCACCACCGAUAUCACGAUUCUGGACCCGCUGUGGUUUGACGGUAUUAAGGGGAUAUAUGUCGAUUUGCCUUCCGCGCCGUCGCCUCCUGCUCCCCCGUCUCCACCCUCGCCGCCCUCUGCCCCCUCACGACCUGCUGGAGUUCCUGGGGCCGAAGGAGAAGAUCAGCCCGAUUAUUCUUCUAUUGGAAAGAUUGAUGUCUCUGCUCUGCGCUGUCUCUAUAGCGAGCAUAUCACGACUUCAGCCGACAUCCGCUUGCAAUACCCGGCAUCGUGGGAAGGUGACAUCGCGCUGGAGACGAUGAGCGGGAGCCUCUCUGUAUAUGGUAAGGACGUCAGGAUUGUCAAGUCUCGCAACGAUUGGGGGGGCAUUGGCAAGAGCCUUUUUGCCCGAAAGGGUGAUGGGGGUGGCGGUGAAGUUUCGGCCAAGGCAACUUCUGGGAAUGUGAAAAUUCUGGUCGGAUCUCCUUGA